GUUCGGAAAUCGUUGACGAUAAUAAUAAUUUACAGUUAAUAAUGGAAUCAAAAUCAUCGAAAGAUGAUGUUGAUCAUGUAUGUGAUCCAUGUAAUAUGAAUAGUACGGAUUUUAAUCCCGAUAUCUAUAUGAUCAAGAUAUUGAAAGAAAGCAGAUUAUCCGAAUUGAUGGACACCGAACAAAUGUUGUAUAAACAAAUACAAACACUUGAUAGUGAAAUGCAAACGUUGAUCUAUGAAAAUUAUAAUAAAUUCAUUAGUGCAACAGAAACUGUUAAAAAAAUGACAUCACAUUUCGAUAAAAUGGAACAUGAAUUGAAUUUAUUAUCCACGAAUAUGGAUAAAAUAACUAGUCGAAGUAAUGAUAUAGCAAAAAAUUUGAAUGGAAAACGUGAACAGCUGACACAAAUGUCGGCAAAAAAUACAUUGUUAGAAAAGAUUCAAUUCAUAUUGGAAUUACCGAAUAAAAUGAAACAAUUAAUCGAUCGAAAUGAAUAUAAUAAAGCUGUGGAUGAUUAUCUGAAUGCCAAAUAUUCAUUGGAUAAAUUCGCUCAUCUAUCAUCGUUUCGAAAUAUUCAAACCGAUUGUAAUGAAAUGUUGGCCGAAAUUCGACGUCAUUUUUAUGAACAAUUAGCCGAUGAAAAUUUGACAACAAUUCAGUUGAAUGAUAGUAUUAGCUAUCUUGCCAAACUAAAUGAAUGUCCAUCGAAUCUAUGUGGAAAAUAUUUCGAAAUGUGUGAAAAGAAAAUGAAUACAAGUUUGAAUGAAAUCAAAUUGCAAACAAAAUCCGAUGGGCCAGAUAGACCGGACAUUUUGGAAUUUAUCGAUAAUGUCUGCAAUAAUUAUAUUGGUACACUGAAUGAAUGUAUACAAUUCUAUUCGGACUGUUUUGUUGUUGGCCACAAAAAUCUUGCCAUUCAAACAAUCAACGAAGAUAUGGAAUCACGAUUGAAAAUAUUUGUUGAUCAACGAAUGGAAGAUUUAUUCGAUAUUAUUGUCGAACAGAUUCGUAAUGAGCAAAAAAUUCCCAACAAUAUUAUCAUGUUUGUGCGGGCAUUGGAUCGUUUCUAUCGACGAAUUCAAAUGCUUAACAAUAUUGUUGGAUUUUCUGAUUUCUCUAGGAAAAGUUUAGAUAUUAUCUACCAAUCAACCAAAGAUCAAUGUGACCAUUUACUUAACGAUUUAUUGACAAAAUUUUACGAAGAAUUAUCCAAUGUUCGUCAUGAUAUUGUACAGGAUAUGACAAAAACAACAAAUAUUAGCAUACUACGUUCAACAAAUAAUAAACAUGAUGAUCAUCAAAAUCAGAAUACAUUAUCCGAAACGGUUAUUGCAUUCGAGACAUCGAUUUGUGAAAAUCUUAAAACCGUACUAUCAAAUCUUAAUCCAUUUCUAUAUCGUGAACUUACAUUUAUAACCAAAGAUUUUAAAGAUAAAUUCAUCAAAGAUUGUAUAUUUGAAACAAUUAUUAUCAAAUACAUUGAAUACAUAUUGACUAUUGUGGAAGAAUUUGAACAAUCAUAUACAACAUCACAUAUAUCAUCAUGUUUUAUAUUGAUUUUAUCGAAAAUUUGUCGUGAUCUAAGCGAUUCAAUCAUAUCAUAUUUAAUUAAAUAUACGGAAGAAAUUUUUGCUGCACCAAAAUUUGGUCAGAGAUAUGCCAUACCAUUAACGAAACGUGCACGUGAUGAUGGGGAAAAAUUAUUAAAUGCAUAUGUUUGUAUUGAAGGCCAAUCAAUAUCGCAUAUGAUACGAAAAAGUGUUGAAACACGUGAUUGGAUGAGUACGGUUGAACCACGUUCCGUACGAUCGGUUAUGAAACGUAUAAUCGAAGAUAUUACAUUGAUUGAUUUUCUUGUUGGCCAACUCUAUGAAGAAGGUCAACGUAUAGAACGUAGUUCUGAUUCAAGUCGUACAUUCUCAACAUUCAGUGUGAAUAAAACUUGUUAUUCAAAAUCAAAUUGGUCAUAUGGAUCCAGUUCAUUCGAUAAUAAUAUCAUAUCGAAUAUUCAGAAAUUAUUUAAUGAUAAAAUUGAAAUUUUCGGUAAAGUAGAAUUUUCCAAACUAUCCGUUGCAACUGGUAUCAUAAAAAUUGGUUUAAAGACAUUAAUCGAAUGUGUACGACUUUGUACGUUUAGCCGUUAUGGGUUUCAACAGAUACAAGUCGAUUCUUAUUACAUACAAACACGAUUAUGGCGUUUUGCAUCGGAUGAAAAAAUCAUAGUAAAUUUGAUUGAUGAAGUCAUAACGAGCAGUAAGAAACGAUGUUUAGAUCCUAUUGGUAUGGAACGAAGCGUCAUUGAAAAUAUUUGUGAAAAUCGAUAAAAAAAAUCAAAUUCAAUCAGCCAAAGAUUCGAUCUAAAUCGUUAAUUUGUUCCAAAUCAUGU